AUGGGUACGGAAAAUAUUGAUGAUAAAUAUGAGGGUUUCGAAUCGAGACAUCGACAACAGCUAUUAACAGCUGGUAUACCGAAGCAUUUCUGGAAACGUUUACAUGAAAAGCUUGUCAAUCAAAUCUUUGAUGCGGGUGACUUUUUUCUAAUGUUAGAAGAAAUUAAUGAAGAUGGCAAACAUUCUUAUACAGUUGUGGCAUUGAAAGAACUGAGAAUGGACGAUCCCAACUGCAUUUUUCUCGUAGAUCAUGCAUGGACUUUCCGACCACAGGUUGCACGCAAACAAUUACAUGAAAUCCCUGGUCUCUUGGAUCGGAUUUGUAAUGUUUUCAAUAUUGAAGAACAAGAAAGAAGCACAACGGAAACUCUUUCGGAUUACGGUAGCAGUGGUGACGAACUACAAAAUCCAGGUGGAUUGAGCUGCGAAGAAUGCGAAUCUGGAAGUCAUUGGGACGAAGGUAUAUUGAAAUCGAUGAGUCGUAGUUGCAGUUUUAAUAAGCACUUCAAUGAUAAAUGUGAUGGUGAUGGGAGAUCAGAUGACAUCAGACUUGAUGGACAUCGUGAUAGCCUUGUUGAAAGUGUAAUAGGGACUCCAAUGUCGGAAAGUCUCACUACUGUCUCGGAUGAAGAACACCGAAUAAAUGAAGUUUUGCGUCAGAUGUGGCGUUAUAUCCAUACCUAUACAAUGCGUUUCUUAGAAAAGGAACCGGAUGAAUGCGAUACGCCGUUAUGGUAUAUGCCCGAUGAGUUUGGUGUACGAAUUGGUCAUAGUGAUAUGCCGAACUGUCGAAUGGUACCUAUCUUUCACAUGCCAGAAAAUGUAGUGUACAACUUAUUAUUUCCUAUUCAAAAUGUGGGAGUUGAAGAAGCUGUUACUCGUGAUUAUGUCGACACAAUAAUUACGAAAACUCAUCCAGAAUGGCGUCAUAUUUUAAUGCAUCCGUGGACUCCUGUAGAUUUGACGGGCGAAAAACUUGAACAUAUCGUUGCUCCAGAUUCGCAUUUUAUACGUUGUCGUGUUGCUGACGUUUUCCCAUUAAAUGCUUCGAGUAUCACUCCCGGUAUUGAUUUAUCAUCAGGAAAAGUACGUGUAUUUGGUGAUGAUUUGCAAUUUUUUUCACAUCUAAAAACGGUUGAAAUUGUAAAAGUUGAUUGCAUCGAGGAUGCCGAUCUCAUAUGGAUGCAGAAGCAUUUUAGUGAUUACAAAGAUUUGUAUGAGAAAAAUCCGAAAGCUUUGGUGAAUCAGUUCCCAUACGAUAGAGUGUUAACAGUGAAAGAUUUAUUGUCAGCAUCAAUACAGUCAGUAUAUCGUGACAGUGUGAUAGAUCCAGAACUGAUGCAUUGGCAACCACUGUGGUUUGAAACAACUUUCAAUCUUGAAACUGAAUUGCCGCAGUUUGUGGCAUAUUAUCAACAGCGAGCACUUAAAAAUAUGGAUAAUACCUGGAUAGUAAAGCCAUGGAAUCUUGCACGAGGUCUGGAUAUGCAUGUGACUGAUAAUUUAUCCUAUAUUAUUCGUCUUAUCGAAAGUGGGCCUAAGAUUGCGUGCAAAUAUAUUCACCGACCUGUUCUCUUUCGAAGACCUGACAGUGGUAAUAUGGUGAAAUUUGAUUUACAUUAUGUCAUAUUUUUGCGUUGUUUACAACCACUAAAGCUAUUUUUGUACAAAAAUUUUUGGAUACGAUUUGCAAUCAAUGACUUUUCCCUUUCCGAACUGGAUGAUCGUGAUACUCAUUUCACAGUUUUCAGUAAAUGUGAGAAUGACAAAGUUUUCAACAUGGAUUGCAAACAUUUUAUUGACCAAUGGGAGAAAUUGUAUGAUGUGAAAUGGAGCGAAAUACAAGAGAAAGUCAAUAAAGUUAUCAAAGAUGUGAUUAAAACUGUAUCUAGCGAAAAGCCUCCUCGUGGAAUUGCACCAAAUGCACAAUCUCGAGGAAUGUACGGAAUGGACUUAAUGUUGAAAUGGGACUCUGAUGAUCCUGCCAAGCGCAAAAUUUGUAUUUCGUUUAUCGAAGGGAAUUUCAUGCUCGAUUUCGACUAUGCUUGCAAAUUUUAUUCAGAUUUUGCAGACAUAUCUUUUAAGGCACUAUUUACGGAUGAAAAUAUCGCUGAUAUGUUGAUCGAACUGGUUUAA